AUGCCUCUCCGACAAUUGUACCCGGACCCAAAAGGGACCGAGACCCAUGCCUCUCCUACCGUGAUAGAUAUAAUUGCUGUCCCUGGCCUUGGUCCUCCAGUGAAAGGUGAGGUUAAACACGCAUUUGACACAUGGAGAACUCCAUCGGAUCAGAAGGGACGACUUUGGCUGCAGCAUGAUCUUCCAAAUCAUAUUCCCGAUUCCCGGAUCUUUUUGUAUCAGUACUACACGACUGCUACAUAUUGCCAAGGCCUAGAUGACUUUCGCAGCAAGGCGGACAAUCUGCUUGAAGCCAUCAACAUUGAGAGAAGAGAUUGUUCUGACAGACCAAUUCUGCUGCUUGGUCAUAGCAUGGGGGGCUUGUUGAUCAAACAAGCACUGAUUAAUGCCCACAGUAACGCAGGCUACAGUGCCAUCAAAGAUGAUACCACCGGCAUAGUCUUUUUUGCAACACCGCAUGAGUUCCUCACUCAGAAACUCGGCGAAAUUGGUACAGCCAUCGCCAUAGAACUGGGGCAUGGCAUCCAAGACGAUUUAGCUAGGACGUUGCAGGCCGGUAGCAUCUUUUCCGAGCUCGAAUCAUGGAAGCACCAGGCUCUCCAGUAUGAUACUGUCUCCUUCUGGGGGUCAUCCGAUACCAUAGUCACUCGCAAUAACGUUAGUCUUGGAUUGCCUGUCGAUGUUGCGAAGAUUGUCGAGCUAGACGCCAACCACAGAGGGAUCUGCAAGUUUAGCAACUCCAAGAAAGACCAGUACAACUUCAAGAUCGUGGUUGAGAACAUUAAACGUCUCUGCGAAUUAGCGAUCGAGAAUACGAAGUCGCAAGAAACUGACGGCCAGACCGAACGCCAUGACAUGUUGGAGGAGAUCCAACGUGUCGCAUUGAGUAUGAGCAAUGAGACGGAGCAGCUGAUCAUGACACCGAGUCAAGAGAGCCAACUCCAAGAUGAUGAAGUAGUUGUUCAAGAAUCUCUGAAGUCGACUGCCGGCCAUUCUACUACUAAAGACGUACCAGUUCUUGCAAGCUCAACUGUGCAGGACCUCCACAUCGCAGACGUUCUGGCAGUAGAGUCUCAAAACAAGCUUUAUUCUCAAAUGCCCUUUGAGUUGCUUAUUUUACAAGAGCCUAUAUUACAAGGUAUCCGAUAUCUCAACUAUCAGAAACCCACUAUUGUGCAAGAAGCAGUACUCUCUGCCCUGACCCUGUGCCCUCCUCGGAACGUAAUCGCCAGCUAUUCCCCGGGAACUGGCAGAACCACAGCACUAGCAAUUGCUCUCUUAUCGCGCAUUGACUACCAUUCGGCCACUCAGCCCCAAGCGUUGGUAAUGGUAGCGACUCAAUUUCUGGUACGCCAGACGGAGAAUUACAUCAAAGAAGUAGGCAGAUUCUGCGAGGGUCUUGUUGUAAAGACUAUCACUGCGUCGAGCAGGCCAACCGCAAUGCUUGAGGCAAAUGUGAUCAUUGCUACACCUGGCACGCUUCUGAACUGCAUUCUUCGCCGCUUGGUGGACAUGUCUCAGGUGAGGUACCUUCUUAUGGAUGAUGUCGAUCAUGUCGUGGACCUUCAAGGAUUAAGUCAGGAAUGCCUUAGAGUCGCGGCAGUCGCCAGAAAGUCGCCGGAAACUGUCCAACUUCUGCUCUUUUCCGAUACAUCAACGCGAGCCUCGGAGUUUUUAAAUGUUAUGCUUAUGUCUAAUACUUUGGAGAGGCAUGAGUUGAAGGGCGUCGAGCUGAAUGCCAACAAGAUCGCUCACCUCGUCUUCAGAUGUAGCGCCGAGGAGCAGAAGCUUGAGAUUAUUUGCAAGCUUCCUGGUGUCGUGACGACGAGUGUGCUGAUCAUAUUUGUCCAGACGAAGGCUUCUGCUUCGCAUAUACAUCUUGCACUUGCAGCUGAAGGCCACGCCGUAGCGAAUUUGUUCGAAGCAGACUACAGCGAUGAUAUGGAAGCGCUAUUGAAGAGGUUUCACAGUGGAGAGUUCAAGGUCCUUAUCACAAAAGAUUACAAAACCCGGGGCCUUGAUCUUCUCUCUAGCUCCAUGGUCAUCAACUACGAUAUCCCGGAUGCCGACGCCUGCCGGUACCUUCGGCAAGUCAGUCGUGCAGGCAAAGCUGGUCGCUCUGGAUUCGCGGUGAAUCUGGUAAGCAACGAUAAGGAGUUUGAGUCUCUUCAGUCUGUUGCAACAUCUCAGUGCCUCAAUCUCCACGAGCUUAGAUCGAACGACUGGGAUGCAGUUGAGCGUUACUGGUUAUCUACAGAUUUUAUGGGCGGCUCGGACGAAGAGAAGGAAGAGGAGAAAGAGCGCAAGAGGGAUAUAGUGGGAGACUUUCUGUAUGCGUCAUUUAUUCGUCAGCAGCACCUCGAUCUGCUCCGCGAUCCUUCCCCGCUAGACCCUAGCCCGAGCGCUGACGUUUUCUCUUAUAGGAAGAAGAAUUUGAACAAAGGCGAAAUAGCAUUGAAGCAUGCAGUGGGUCUCGGCAGUCAGCCAAAUGUCGUCCCUGUAACUGAGCCUGUCGUCGACGGACCACGUCGGCCUGUGGAGGUUGGAUGGCAUCCUGUCGGCGGAUUUGCCGGAAAGUGGUUUGCGGAAGAGACGGGACUGGGAAAGAUGAUCACGGAGAAGAUCAACAAGUAUCCUGAUCCGACACAGCAUUGGGCUGUACUUGUUGGCGACUAUGCUCAUCAGCUAUGGAUGGACGAGAACUUUGAUGUGAUUUACACGAAUGCAAAGAUUGAGCGAGACGAGUGGCGGACAUUCCCGGUGGGAGAGACGCGCUUCAAUGACGAUGCAUUAAGGCGAGCUGGCGAGUCAGUGAUCCAGAGUAUUAGAGAGAGGCAGCCUACUUACAACCUCAUAACCAACAAUUGCCAGACGUACGUCCUGCAGCUCCUCGACGCCAUCAAGGUAGGCGUGAAUAAAGAGUUCGGCACUACUCUGGCUGUCUACGAGAGAGUUUUUGGACCAGGCAAGAUAAAGGAUCUCUUCGAAGGCGAAGAGAAACCAGAGGAUCAGCAACAGCACCAGAUUGAACAAGGAGGAGAACCUGGAGUAGAGCCAGGAACGCAGCAGCCAAUAAUGCAUCCAGGCAGAUCGGAUACAGUCAACCUGGCGCAAGAUGUCAUGAACCAGAAUACCAAUCAACUAGAUACCGAAAGGGAGAUGGAGAGGCAUGAGGACGAGAAGGAAGUCAAGGAGAAGAAGAAGAAGGGAUUUUUCUCGCGGUUUAAGCGAAGUAAUAGUUAG